AUGAUCGAAUUCACCAACCCCCUCCUGCCGGCGUUCACGACCGAACGACUCGCCGUCCCCUCCAUGCAGUACUCACUGGCAUCGGCCCUCCACCCGGCCUUCCUUCUACUCUGCACCAUGGGCUUCCUCAGCGCGGCCAACCUGAUCAAGCACGCCUACCACUACCUCAAGGCAACCAACAUGGUCCCGGUCAAGAAGUUCACAUACAGCCUACUCCUCUGCAUCCUCCUCGGCCUGCGGCGCCAUCCACUCGCAUACGUGGGCCUGGACGCCUCUCUCCCACCAUCCCCGCUGGAACGCAUACGUAUCGCAGCCCUCAUCACCCCCUUCGUACGGUUCGAAGCCGGCCUCCGUCCGCUGGCGAGCAGGUUGGACGCCAACCUUCCCCGUCCGCCUGGCACUCCGCAAGUUGGUCACAGCUACGGCGGGUCGCUGUGGGCGUGGUUCCGCCCUGUGCGAGUCGCGUCCCGCCAUCUAGCGAUUUGCGUCGCUGCACUGGCACAUGACCUGUUCUUCCGAACCAACCUCUUCGAGACCGCCAUGAAGCAAGGCGCCAGAGCGCUCGCGAUCGCGUGCGGCGCGCACUUGGGCGAUCCAUACUUUGAGGCCCUCCAUAUUGCGUUCGGUGUCCUCGUAACCUUGGAGGAGAACAUACCGCCAGAGUCUGUUCUCGAAAUCGCCAAGUUCGUUGGCGCCGCUGUGGACAUUCGCCCCAUUCCCUUCUCUGGAGCUCCUAUCCACGCAGGGAACACAACUUGUGAUGCCCCGGAAUCGACCACCGACUCUGACGAGUAUUUCUAG